AGCAGAGGAAGAAGAAGAAGAAGAAGCAGAGGAAGAACCGACUGAGUCGCCCAGCAAUCAAACAGAAACGUGUCAGAGCACUGAGAGAGAGAUCAGCUGCAGGGGCAUCGGCAUUACUCACCUGCCAAGCUUCCAAAACCUUGAAGCCACGAAGGUGGAUUUAGCAGAGAACAACAUCAGGAUCAUCACGGCACGAGCUUUCUCAGGCCUCCUGAACCUGGACAUGCUGGACCUGAGUCGAAACAUACUGGAUGAUGAAUCGUUCAGCCAAAACCCACUUUCUAACCUGACCUCUCUGAGGAAGCUGGAUCUGGAUGACAACCGCAUCACCGUGAUCCCGACGCUGCCUUCAUCUCUGGAGGAGCUCAAAAUCAAAAACAAUAAGCUGAGUGGACUCACACCGCACUGCUUCAAAGGUUUGAUGAAUCUCCUGAAGCUAGAGCUGGGAGGAAAUGCUCUUCACAAAGCCAGUGUGUCCCCUCCAGCUUUUAGGCCGCUACAGAGACUUCUUGACCUCCAGCUGAGCAACAAUCACUUCCGGUCGCUACCACUGAACCUUCCUCCCUCUCUUCAGACGCUGCAAAUGAAUGAAAAUCUAAUUGAGGAGCUGACAGAGGAAGCGCUGAGGGGCUGCAUUCAUUUGAGAGUGCUCGAACUCAGGCACAACCGUCUGCAUGAGCAAGACAUCGCUACCCAUGCAUGGACGCGUCUUAAGUCCUUGGAAGCCUUGGAUCUAUCUCACAACCUGUUCACUUCCGUUCCUCUAAACCUGCCGCGCCCUCUUCGUAAUCUGACCCUCCAGCACAACAGCAUCAGUCACAUCCCAGCCUUCACGUUCCGUCACCUGCGGCCCGGCCUGCGGUCCCUGUGUCUGUCCCACAAUGACCUGAGCAACGACGCUAUAGAACAGUUCUCUUUUGUUGGAUCUUACCGCUCGCUGAGCGAGCUCCUAUUGGACCACAAUCGCCUCGGAGAAGUUCCUCGCUGCAUCCGGCAGUUUAAAAACCUGCAGGUGCUGAGACUGAGCAACAACCAGAUCAGGCUGGUGAGGCAGUGGAGCGUGUGCCACCCUCGCAAUUCGGGCUCCUUGGCUUCAGUCCACCUCGAAAACAAUCUGCUGGAAGUCGAGAAGAUUCCCCCAAACGCUUUCUCCUGUCUCACUGACCCUCAGGGCCUUGUUCUACAUCCACAGCAGUGGUCUGACUGAUAGGACAGACAUACGGGAACAUUUCUUCUCCCACGUUUGCAUCACCCUGUAAUGAUGCAGUGUUUGCAGAAAAAACAUUUUCACCAUGUAUGUUGCUUAGUAAGCUGCAGCUUUCAUUAUAUCAUCUCUAAAGCCAUUUUCCUCUCACAUCUUUGAUCA